AGAUAGAUAUGUAAUACGUAUCUACUCGUAAAUUGAAGCAGUUUGGUGGGUGAUACUACUUGAAUACAUUAUAAUAUGUAUCACAGUAGUGAAGUGAAUAUCAGUGAACGUGUUCUAAUUUCAAGUUUCAAAAUAAUUUUAAUACGGUGAGCUAUCAUACCUACUGGUUACAAUACCUGCGCUGGAUCUCUAAAAUGGCAAGAAAAUCUGUUUUCGUCACAAGGCACAAUUUCCCAUCAAUUUUAUAUGAAUUACUGCAAGAAAAAUUUGAAGUAGUCUGCUGGCGUUCAGAAGCACAACUUUCUAAAAAUGAAUUUAAAGAGCAAAUAAAAGGAAAAUUUGCUGUUGUUUGUUGUGCUCAAGAUACUCUAGACAAGGAAGUCAUCGAAGCUGCGGGAAGUGAAUUGAAAGUGGUGAGUACACUUUCAGUGGGUCUUGAUCAUUUGGAUCUUGACGAAUUGAAGUCAAAGAGGAAAAUUAGAAUUGGUUAUACUCCCAACGUCUCUGCUCCAGCUGUAGCGGAACAUGCUAUAGCUUUGUUAUUGGCCACCGGACGACGUGUUGUUGAGCUGCAUAAUGCAGUUUUAAAACGUGAGUGGAAAUCUGAUAACGUGCUUAAAACGUCAAGGCUGGGAAUAGGAUUACAUAAAUCAACAGCUGCAGUUAUUGGAACUGGUCCAAUAGGUUUAUGUAGUCUGAAAAUGUUAAAAGGUUUUGAUCCUAAAAAUAUUCUGUACUAUGCCCGUAGCAGAAAGGCAGAAGCUGAUGAACUUGGUGCUCAACUUCAAUCUUUAGACUUCAUUAUGAAAGAAAGUGAUUUCAUUAUUCUGGCUCUUGCACUCAAUUCUGAAACUAGAGGAAUAAUCAACAGAGCUAGAAUAAAUUCUAUGAAAUCGAAUGCAAUAUUCGUCAACAUUGCUCGAGGAGGUUUAGUAGAUGAAGAGGCCUUAAUAGAAGCGCUUCAAAAUAAAAAAAUUUUCGGAGCUGGUCUUGAUGUAUUCGUGGAGGAACCUUUACCUUUUGACAGUCCUCUGGUUAAAAUGGAUAACGUUGUACUUGCUCCCCAUAUAGCGGAUCGUACAGUAGAUGGUUUUAAUGCUGUGGCUGAAAUGACGGCUCUGAAUGUGCUAGCAGUCCUAAAUGGUGAUGAAAUGCCUGCAGAAGUGUUAACAAGACGAUUAAGACCAAAAUUACAACCACAAAGCCAAAACUCGCAAAGAGGGAAGUGGAAACCUGAUUAUAAGUUUCCUACAUCACUGAUGGGAUCUGGAUUGUAUAAAUCGACAGUUGCAGUAAUUGGAUGUGGUAGAAUAGGUCUUUCCAUCCUGAGAAAGCUUAAACCGUUUGAUCCAAAAAAUAUUUUAUAUUAUGCUCGUGAUAAAAAGCCAGAAGCCGAAAUACUUGGAGCCGAAUUUCAGUCACUGGAUUUUAUUAUGAAAGAAAGCGAUUUCAUCAUCGUGGCUCUCGCACAAUCUGCUCAAACCAAAGGAAUAAUCAACCAAGCCAGAAUAAAUUCGAUGAAAUCCAAUGCAAUCUUGGUUAAUAUCGCUAGAGGAGGUCUAAUAGAUGAAAACGCUUUAAUCGAAGCUCUCAAAAGUAAAAAAAUUGGCGGAGCUGGUCUUGAUGUGUUCAAUGAAGAGCCACUACCUCUUGACAGUCCACUUAUGAAAAUGGAUAACGUGGUGCUGACUCCUCACAUAGCCUAUAGGACGAACGAUUCUCUUGAUUCAAUGGCAGAAUUAGCAGCUUUGAAUGUGCUGGCAGUUUUGAAUGGAGAUGAGAUGCCAGCAGAAGUGUUAUAGACUAGAGACAGACAACAUUGAAGUUGCUGACUUUUUUCGUACAUGCAGCCAAUUUCUGGAUAUCUUUGUCUUCAGUAAUAUAAAUAUAAAUAUGUCAUCAAUGCGAUGUACAGCUUACUAGAUUUUCAAGUACCUAGAUACUAAAUGAUAAGUAUAGACAUGUUUGAACUUUAUUUUUUGGUAAACAACGAGCUUAACCUGGU